AUGAAUAUCGAUUAUGAAGGAUAAAAAUAUCCCAUAGAAGUACAUUCAAAUACUUUAGUAUAUGAAAUAAUACAGGAGUUUAGAUAAGCCCUUUAAAUCUAAGAAUAAUGUAAUUUGCACCUUGAAAAUUAAUAAGUUCUUCAACUAAACUUAACUUUAGAGGAUUAAAAUUUCAAACAAGAUUCUAUUUUAUUUUUAAAACCAAUUCAAAAUGUUAAUUAUAAUGCAUAGUAAUAACCUAGUUUAUAAACAAAUUAAGCUUUUAAAGCAUAAGAAAUUAUUAUUAUGUUUAGUUUCUAAGGGUAGAAUCAUAGCUUAAGUUUGAUGAAUGAUACAUUAGUUAAGGAUUUGAUUUUAUGUAUUUAAUAGAAUUUCAAUUUAAAUGAAAAAUUUUAAUUAAGUUUGGAAAACAAAUAUACACUAAAUGAGGAGUAAACUUUGGCUGCUUAGAAAGUUGAAAAAGGAAACACUUUAUAUCCAGUUUUCAACCAGAAACCAUAACAAUAAUAAUUUGAAGAGAAUUACACUUUGAUUUUGAAUUAUUAGAAUUGUAAAUACCAGUUUGAAGUUUCUUCUGAUUCAUUAGGAAGUGAAUUGAUGGAUGCUAUUUAGCAACAUACUAAAAUACCAACUGCAUUUAAUGCAAUUAUUGAAGGAAAAACUCCUUUGAUCUUGGAUAAGACUUUGAAGGCGUAAAAUAUAAAAAAUGGAAGUAUUAUUGAACCUUAAGUAUAACCUUAAAUAAAUCAAUUGAAUUAAACUUAAUAAAAUUAAUUUUAGAAAAUACCUCCUUCAUAAUAAUAAAAUUUUUAUGGUACUUCAUACUAAUUACCUCCUCCUCCGAAUUAAUAAUUUAUUCCAUAACAAAAUCAGUUUCAGUUUAAUUAGCCUAUGAAUUUUGCUUCAGUACCUCCACUAUAAUAGAAUACAUUGUCGGGAGGUUAGAAAAAUUUAUAAUAACAAUUUUAAUAAGGAUUGAAUAAUAGUCUUAAUUAGUUAAAUAGUUUUGAGGGAUAACCAACAUAAUUUUUACCCUAUGGAAAACCUCAAUUUCAACAAUAAUAAUUUGGAAGACUAUCUACACAAUUUUAAAAACCAUAACAAUAGUAAAUGGGUGGAAUGCCUUAUUAAUAAUAAACCUUUAAUUAACCCUAAAUUGGUGGAAUGCCUAAUUAAUAAUAAAUCUUUAAUUAACCCUAAAUUGGUGGAAUGCCUAAUUAAUAAUAAAACUUUAAUUAACCCUAAAUUGGUGGAAUGCCUAAUUAAUAAUAAAUCUUUAAUUUACCCUAAAUGGGUGGAAUGCCUUAUUAAUAAUAAACCUUUAAUUAACCCUAAAUUGGUGGAAUGCCUAAUUAAUAAUAAAUCUUUACUUAACCCUAAAUGGGGGGAAUUCCUAAUUAAUAAUAAAUCUUUUCUCAACCCUAAAAUAAUUAAAAAAUUAAAAUUUAACUUCGAUACAUGAAUUCGAUUGAAAAAUUGGAAUCGACUAACAAAAUGAAAAUCUAGGAUAUAAUAGCACAUUGCAAAGAUGUAUUCAAUAUAGAAUAAGAUUUAACAAUUCAACUUUAAGGACAGGAUUUGAAUCCUUAACAGAUUAUAGAAUAAUGUAAAUUGAAUGAUAAUUAAAUUUUGGAUGUAGUUGUUAAACAAUUAGAUUAAUUAGUUCUGAAUAUUACGGUGCUAGGAAAUGAUAUUUAAGUGGAGGUAGAUUAAGACUAAAAAGUUUUUGAAUUGAUUGAUGAGUUGAAGAUGGUUUACAAUAUCAAUUAUCCCACUGAACUUGUGUUCAAUCAAAUACAAUUACUUCCUGAUAAGAGUUUCAAGUAACAAAAUAUUCUGAGUAACAGUUAUUUGAUUUUAAGAUAAAAAUAAGCAGUUACCAAAUUGAAGAUCACUUAAAGUUUAAAUUUGAUUAUUGUCAAAGUUAGAGAUGGAAUGAAUAUGAUCCAAAUUGAAAUAGCUCCCACAGCAACAGUUCAAGAUUUAGAGAGAAAAGUUAAGGAAAAGACAGGUAUAAAUUUUAAUUUUACAUUAUAAUUCAACAUGAAAUUUUUGAGCCCAUAUUUAUCUUUGGCUCAAUAAGGUAUAAACAAUAAUUGUGAAGUAAUUUUGCUUCGAUGA